AUGCAUGGUUACAUAGCCCAGUUGGUAAUUGGAUUUACUCUAGCUUGGACGGGGCCUAUAAUUCCAAAACUUCAGGACCCGAUAGAGACGCCGUUAUCAGUUCAGCUUUCAGAUACACAGCUAUCAUUGGUCGCAUCAAUUUUCUAUGUAGGAGCGUUGCCAGGUCCAUAUAUAAUGGGAUGGUUAUCAAACGUUAAAGGAAGAAAGCCGUGCAUAAUAAUUGCAGGAGUUGUAUCAACAACAGCGUACCUUAUAUUAGCAUUUUCAAAUAAUCUUGCAAUGAUAUACUGUGGCAGAUUAUUAAUUGGUCUUGGGUUGGGAUGUGUGGGUGUAAUGAACUUUGUGUACAUAGGAGAAAUUGCAUCAACAAACAUCAGAGGCAUACUUUUAACAAUUAUAGGUAUAUUUCAAACGGCCGGUGCAAUCUUGGCGUAUGCCAGUGGACUGUUCCUUUCCUACGUAGGUGUAACAUCAGUAGGAUUUUUUUUAGCAUUCAUCUUUACAAUAUUUGCAUUGUUUCUACCAGAAUCCCCUAUGUUUUAUGUAUUAAAAGGCGAAGAUGCUUCGGUAAGAAAAGUGUUAGAAGAUUUAGGAAGACCUAAUGAUAUAGAUGAAAUGAUUACAUCUAAAAAAGAAUUUAUUAAUUCAACAGCUAAAAAGGAUUGGAAAGAGCUAUUUACAGAUGCUGACAACAGAAAAUCUCUAACCAUUCUUAUUGUUGGAAAUAUAUUUUUGCAAUGUUUAGGCAUCAUUCCGAGCGCGUUGAUUGGAGAAAUGUUCAAAACAAAUGUAAGGAGUAAAGGUUCCGCUGUGGCUAUUACAAGUUCCUGGGUGUUUGGGUUUUUGGUCACCACCGCGUUUGGAUCAUUGAUAGAUAUUAUUGGUGCUCAUGUACUGUUUUGGUUUUUCUCAUGUUCUUCGGCAUUGGCAGUUAUAUUUACACAUAUAUACAUUCCAGAGACUAAAGGGAAAAGUUUACUGGAGAUACAAACGUUUAAAACA